UAAGGGGAGGGGCUGACCAAGAGGAUAUAAGAAGGCAAGCGUUCAUUCCUGCAGCUCCACAACUCAGCUUUGACUCCUUCGACCGGUCGUUACCUUCUCGAUUGGUCCGACGGGCACCAAUCCAUAACCAUAACUCAUCAAGAUGUUCCGUUUAUUCCUUCUCAUCGCGAGCGUCGUCGCAGUGGCUCAGGGUUUUAGUGCUGGAGCUCCGCCUGCCGUCUGCGAAGACCUGACGCCAAAACAUCACACGGAUCCUCAGGCAGGACCUUCGCCGUACAAAAUUUCGAUAAACAAGAACAGUAUCAAUCCAGGAGAAGAAGUGAAGGUCACUAUUGAGGGAAUCAACGGAGAGAAAUUCAAGGGAUUUUUGGUCCAGGCUCGACAAGGGAAAGAGAUCCUUGGAUCAUUCCCUCUCGAUCCCAACGAUAAGGAAGCCCAGACUAUAGACUGUCCCAAAGGAGAAAAGAACGCUGUUACCCACAAAAACUCCGACGAAAAAUCGAAAAUGACCUUCAGUUGGAUACCUCCACCUGAAUUCAGCGGAACCGUCGUCUUCAAGGCGACCAUCGUUAAGGAUGGUGGAACCUUCUGGGUUGGACAGACCUCAUCGAACCUUAGCAUCGGUCAUUAAGGAAUGA